CUCCCACUUUUCACUAUGACCACAUCCGUCCCUGGAAAAAAGGCCCAGCUAACUCUCAUGACCACACUGCCACAAGGACACGAUGGAGCUCUUGGAGGAGGACCUCACAUGCCCGAUAUGCUGUUGUCUCUUCGAGGACCCGCGCGUUCUUCCGUGCUCACACAGCUUCUGCAAGAAGUGUCUCGAGGGCAUCCUGGACGGUAACCGGAGCCCUGUUUGGAGACCACCGUUCAAAUGUCCGACCUGUCGAAAAGAGACUGUGCACAACGGCAUCGCGAGCCUACAGGUUAAUUACUCCCUGCGUGGCAUCGUGGAGAAGUACAACAGGAUUCGAGUGCUACCGAGGAUGUCUCUCUGUCGAGCUCACAGUGGACAACCGCUCAACAUCUUCUGCGUCACGGAUCUGAAACUCAUCUGUGGCUUUUGCGCCACGACAGGUGAUCAUAAAGGACACAAGUUUUGCGCGCUGGAAGAGGCGUACGACCGCGAGAAAGCUGCGUUUGAGGAGUUGUUUCGAGUUGUGGAAGGCUGGAGGGGUGCGGAGGUGCAUUCAUGCUUGGAAUCGUUGGAGAGCGCGAAGAAGAAAUCGCUGGAGAUGGUCUCUCGGGACGCGGAUCGCGUUUCAGAAUACUUUGACAAACUCCUGCGCGCGUUGGAGCACAAACGGAGCGAAAUCCUCUCUGAUUUCGAGACUCUGAAACUCGCGGUCAUGCAAACCUUUGACCCAGAGAUCAACCGGUUGCGCUCGGUGCUGGAGGAGCAGCGGCGCGCACUCAACGUCGCCGAAUCCUUCCGUUCUCUCUCCGAUCCGCUAACUUUCCUGCAACAGAUGCAGGACUUCAGAGAAAAUCUGCGCGUCCUUCGGGGAACGCAACUGCCUUCGCGUACAGACGUGGACGUGGAUCAACUUAGCUUGCAGGGCUUCGAUGUGAAGGAAUGGGACCGGUUCCGUCUCGGAGAGGUGGAUAAACUGUGCGCCCCCUACGAAAGCAACGCUUACCUGGCACCGACGCCCCCCGCUGCGCCACGCUUCUCCCGUAUGAUGUGGAGAGUUAUUCUAGUUGUAUGUGCGUGUCUCCCUGCGCUGAACUUUCUCCCUUCAGACUGUCUUUCUCCGAGUUUCCACGAGAAAGUGAUGGCACUCGGUGGUGGCUUUUCUCUGCCCGGUCCAGGAGAAAUUCUGCGCUGGCUCGGGAUCUGCUGGAAAGAAGCGGCAGCACUCUGCACACUUCUAACCGAGCUUUGCCGGAACUGUAUCUUGGAAAUGAUAAACACCACAUCAGAUUUCAUCAGCUGAUUCUAGAACUCCAUCCAUAGGUACUUUUUUAAGUACUACAGUGUGUCAACCUACUGUAUAUUCCGCAGAUUUUUACCAUUGGGAAAUGUUACUUUUUGUUUCCAUUUUUGUUGUUGAAUAUAUGCCAAUAAUUGCCAUUUCAUAGUGUACAGUCCGCAUUUGUGUGCAGAAACGUGCCUCAGAGGUGUGAUGUGUGCUAUUAAACUACACUGACUUUGUCUGUUGAUUUCAAUAAAUGGAAAAACAAUGGGUUAACAUCUCCAAAUCCUAAAAUUAAUAAAAUUCCUUUUUUUUA